CUUCCUCGAUUCCCUUCCAUCAUCCUUCAUCCCCCCCCUUUUCCCCCGCCCAUCAUGUCCAAUCGUCUUGGCGGCAUGCUUGGCGGAGCACCCGUCAUCGUCCUCAAGGAGGGAACGGACACAUCGCAGGGCACUCCACAGCUCCUCUCUAACAUUGGAGCCUGCAUCUCCAUCGUCUCAUGCGUGGCCUCGACGCUGGGCCCACGAGGAAUGGACAAGUUGAUUGUCAACGGUCGCGGCGACUCGACCAUCUCGAAUGACGGAGCUACGAUUCUGAAGCUGCUGGAGAUUGUCCAUCCAGCAGCCAAGACGCUCGUCGAUAUCGCGCGAGCGCAGGACGCAGAGGUCGGGGAUGGCACUACGAGUGUCGUCUUGUUGGCCGGAGAGAUGCUCAAGGAGUGUAGGGCGUUUAUUGAAGAGGGAGUCAGCCCACAUACCAUCAUCAAGGGAUACAGGAAAGCGGCGCAGCUGGCUACGGCAAGGAUCCAGGAGUUGGCUGUAUCCAUCGACCGAUCCGACGAAGCCGCAUUCCGCGACCUCCUCAUCAAAUGCGCCGGCACAUCCAUGUCCUCGAAGCUCAUCGUAUCACAACGCCCCUUCUUCUCCCGCAUGGUAGUCGACGCCGUAACCACCCUCGACCCAAACGAUCUCGACGAGUCCCUCAUCGGCGUCAAAAAGGUCCCCGGAGGUGCAAUGCAAGACUCUCUCCUCGUCCGCGGCGUAGCAUUCAAGAAGACGUUCGCCUAUGCCGGCUUCGAGCAACAGCCCAAGAGCUUCACCAACCCAAAGGUGCUCUGCUUGAACGUCGAGCUAGAGCUCAAGGCAGAAAAGGACAACGCAGAGGUGCGCAUCAACCAAGUGUCCGAGUAUCAAGCCAUCGUCGACGCAGAAUGGCAGAUCAUCUACUCGAAGCUCGAGGCAAUCGUCAAAACGGGCGCUCAGGUGGUCCUCUCCAAGCUCCCCAUCGGCGACCUCGCCACCCAAUACUUUGCCGACCGCAACAUCUUCUGCGCAGGGCGAGUCCCCACAGACGACAUGAAGCGCGUGGUGCAAGCCGUAGGCGGGUCAGUCCAGUCCACUACGUCGGACAUUGCCCCUCAGCACCUGGGUACAUGCGGCAAGUUCGAAGAGAAACAGAUCGGCGGGGAACGUUUCAACUUGUUCGAAGACUGUUCUGCCGCACGCACCUGCACGAUGAUCCUCCGCGGUGGAGCAGAACAAUUCAUCGCAGAAGUAGAGCGCAGCCUGCACGAUGCAAUCAUGAUCGUCAAGCGUGCAAUGAAGAACUCGACAGUCGUCGCCGGAGGUGGAGCAAUCGAAAUGGAGCUCAGUCGUCACCUCCGCGAACAUGCCCGUACCAUCUCUGGGAAACAACAGUUGAUCAUUUCAGCCUUUGCGAAAUCGCUGGAAUGUAUCCCUCGUCAGCUGGCGGAUAAUGCUGGGUUUGACGCUACGGACAUUCUGAACAAAUUGCGUAUGACGCACGCCCAAGGCAAUAAGUGGGACGGAGUGGACAUUGACUCGGAGGACGUGAGGGAUAACAUGGCUGGCUUUGUCUGGGAGCCUAGCGUGGUCAAGAUCAACGCAUUGGGCAGUGCGGCUGAGGCUGCUUGUUUGAUCUUGAGUGUGGAUGAGACGAUUAGGAAUGAGGAGAGUCAGCCUCCUGGUGGACAGGGACAGCCUGGUGGUCAGAAGUUGCCCCCUGGAGCAGCGCAGAGGGCGCUUAAGCAGAGAGGAGGGGUGCCGAGGCGAUGAGUGUUCGCGAAUGGGGAGAGGAUGUUAUGAUAUAGAAAGGCGAGAGGAGAGCAGUUAAUGCAAAACAGGCUCAUCGUCAGGCAAAGUUGAAAGUGAUUGGAUUUCAAGGGGUGGCGCUCAUGCGCGAUACUAAGAGGCCCGGAGCGAGAAAGAGGAAGAGAAGAGAGGUAACGCUGAAGUGACGUCGCAGAGCUAAUAGGUGAUGGCGAAAUGGUAGCCACGACUUGAGGAUGAGAAGACGGUCGUCGCAGGCAGCGCUCGAAUCAACCGUCCAUCCCUACUACUGCGGUCCCUGGGCGCGCAUCGUCUCCUCACUCCCCUUGUUGCUCGCACUGUGUUGCCAUGAGAGUUGCCUCUGGUGAGCCCCAGCGAUGGACCCACUGCUAGCUGGGGGCGUGUUGCUCGCGAACCCAAUAACCUCCUCCGCCUCUGUAUCCUCUCCCG